AUGCCCGCCGCGGCGCCGCCCGCGGCGGAGGCGCCUCCGGACUGCAAGGCGGGCGUAGAGGUGGAGUGGGACGCGACCAAGAGGAAGUUCUGCUGCGAGAGCGCCGGGCGCGGCUGCGUCAUCCAGGACAUGACCGGCGCGGACCCCUCCCACCGGGUGAAGUUUCGCAAGCAGUUCGAGCUGCGGCCCGGCGCGGGCUCCCUGCGGCUCGCCCCUGGGAGUCUGGCUGCGUUCUCGGCGGGCACGUGCCUGUCCGUGCUGCUCGCGGCGCUGGCCACGGUCCGGCUGUGCACCAUGGGCACUUCCGCGCGGGCGCGGGGCACGGAGACGUACUUGCCAAUGCGGGAGGGCACGGACGAGGCCGAGCGGGAGAGCGCCAGCAGCAGGUGCCGCUGCGGGAGCGCUCGCCCGCGGACGGCGUCCGCUGAUCGCGAGCACGCGCGCGUGGUCACGGGCAUGGCCUUUUGCGUCGCGCCAAGUGGGGGUGGGGCGCGGGGCCGCCAGUGGAAAUUUCGCGCCCGCGGGUGUUCGCUGUUUCUAUCUCCCAACAUCGCCGCGUGUCCGCCUUUCCGCGCAUGGCAGACAGCACAAUCGAGUCCCCACGCCGCCGUUUUUCAACCUUCCAGCACGUACAGCGAUGCAGGAGAGGCGUGGUGCUAUCACCUACCUCGUAGCCUUGUUUUUUCGUUCUGCACUGUUAAUGUAAGCACCUGUCCAAGCGCCAGACGGCGUACGGCUUCUCGGUUCACUUCAUUACGCAGCCGUGCGUUGUGGAUAGCACAAAUGUGUUCGGAACAGUUCGGCUGACCAUUAUGUAGCCUGGCGCGGGGCCAGACAACCUGGUCAUGCCGCGCCCGCUGUUAGUUAAUGACCCGCGUGACGGAGUUGGGAGG